CAGCCCACUGACAUUACACGCUGAACUUAUGUAGUCAAUAACACGGAGAUGGAGUCGGUGCUUUGAGGCUUAGACAGUCUACAAUAUAGUCUUUUUCACGCAGGUUAUUGGCUUUGCGGUGCGUGGAGGAUGUCUCAGUUGUUGAGGCUUCUCUCGUCAGCCGCUCUGCCGCUGUGUAGGUCCGCAGGUGCCCGGGCGCGACUCCCAACCGUGACCGCUGGCCGGCUAAUCGCAGGCGGACAUUCUCGGUCCUAUGGGCCGAAGAUCAUCGGAGGCUCAGAUAACUUCCUGUCAUGUCAUCGGUUCCAAUCGGCUCGGCGACGGUGGUAUUCAACAGAACCCAAAGAUGGCAAAGGUGGGGGAACAUCAGGAGGUGGAAAAUCGGGUGGAGGAAAGAGAGGAGGAGGAAAAGACUGGUGGAGCCGAAUACAAAAGGGUGACUUCCCCUGGGAUGAGAAAGACUUCCGCUACCUCGUGAUCACAGCCGCUGGAGUUUCUGCCACCAUGCUGUACUUGUACUUCAGAGACGGCAGCCGAGAGAUCAGCUGGAAGGACUUUGUCCACCGCUACCUGGGCAGAGGAAUUGUGGAUCGGCUGGAGGUGGUCAACAAACAGUACGUCAGGGUCAUCCUGGUGCCGGGAGCUGAUGCUGAAUCAAACUACGCCUGGUUCAACAUCGGCAGUGUGGACACAUUUGAAAGGAACCUGGAGGCAGCGCAUGCAGAGCUGGGCCUGGAGGCUGCACACAAGCCAGUGGUCAUCUACAGCACUGAGAGCGACGGAACCUUCCUCAUGAGCCUGAUCCCCACCCUGCUGCUGAUGAGCUUCUUGCUCUUCAGCCUGCGGCGGGGACCGUUGGGUGGAGGUCCUGGCAUGGGCCGAGGCGGACCCUUCAGCAUGAGCGAGUCCACUGCCAAGAUGAUGAAGGACAACAUCGAGGUUAAGUUCAAGGACGUUGCCGGCUGUGAGGAGGCCAAGCUGGAGAUCCUGGAGUUUGUCAACUUCUUAAAGAACCCGCAGCAGUACCAGGACCUUGGAGCCAAGAUCCCCAAGGGUGCCGUGCUGUCUGGACCUCCAGGGACUGGGAAAACGCUCCUUGCUAAGGCCACAGCAGGAGAAGCCAACGUGCCGUUCAUCACAGUCAACGGCUCCGAGUUCCUGGAGAUGUUCGUGGGAGUCGGUCCUGCCCGGGUGAGGGACAUGUUUGCCAUGGCGAGGAAGAACGCGCCCUGCAUCCUCUUCAUUGACGAAAUUGAUGCGGUCGGGCGGAAGAGAGGCGGCGGAAACUUUGGCGGGCAGAGUGAGCAGGAGAACACUCUGAAUCAGCUUCUGGUGGAGAUGGAUGGCUUCAACACAGCCACUAAUGUGGUGGUACUGGCUGGAACCAACCGACCAGACAUCUUAGACCCCGCCCUCAUGAGGCCGGGCCGCUUCGACCGACAGAUCUACAUCGGUCCCCCUGAUAUCAAGGGCAGAGCGUCCAUCUUUAAAGUCCACCUGCGACCCAUCAAGCUGGACCCUGAGCUGGACAAAGACAACCUGGCCAGGAAGAUGGCGGCUGCUACACCGGGGUUCACUGGAGCCGACAUCGCUAAUGUGUGCAACGAGGCGGCGCUGAUCGCAGCCAGACAUCUCAAUCCUUCCGUCAACAGCAAGCACUUCGAGCAGGCGAUAGACCGCGUCAUCGGAGGUCUGGAGAAGAAGACUCAGGUGCUGCAGCCCACAGAGAAGAAGACGGUGGCGUACCAUGAGGCCGGACACGCCAUCGUGGGCUGGUUUCUGCAGCAUGCAGACCCUCUCCUGAAGGUGUCCAUCAUCCCACGGGGGAAGGGUCUGGGCUACGCUCAGUACCUGCCCAGGGAGCAGUACCUGUACAGCAGGGAGCAGCUGUUUGACAGGAUGUGCAUGAUGCUGGGGGGCCGUGUGGCCGAGCAGGUCUUCUUCCAGAGGAUCACCACGGGGGCUCAGGAUGACCUGAAGAAGGUCACGCAGUCUGCAUAUGCUCAGGUGGUUCAGUUCGGCAUGAGUGAGAAAGUGGGUCAGGUGUCGUUCGACCUGCCGCGGCAGGGCGAGAUGGUUCUGGAGAAACCGUACAGCGAAGCCACGGCGGAACUCAUUGACUCCGAGGUGCGAGAGUUGGUGGACCGAGCGUACGAGCGAACGCUGCAGCUCAUCCAGGAGAAGAAGGAUCUGGUGGAGAAGGUGGGCCAGCGUCUGCUGCAGAAGGAGGUGCUGGACAAGGCGGACAUGGUGGAGCUGCUGGGCCCGCGACCCUUCGAGGAGAAGUCCACCUAUGAGGAGUUUGUGGAGGGAACGGGGAGCUUCGAGGAGGACACCAGCCUGCCCGACGGUCUGAAAGACUGGAACCAGGAGCGUCCAGCGGAGGCAGAGGAGGCGGGGCCAGCUCAGGACAAGCAGGUGGCAUAGAAACCAACCAAGGACAGUGUUCGCCUCUCACCACACGGCUGAUUGUUCAACUCUGGAGGAAGAAUAUUGUCAUUUCUGCCAAAAAUCAUGACUGCACCAUGUGAUCAAGGUUUCAGCUGUGAGUUAUUUAAUUUUGCCGAAUUGUGUUGACUUCAUCGAAGCUCACCUGGGGAGUUAAAACCACCUGCUGCAACAUCAUUUUAAUUUCCCGCUCGCUGACCAUGAGUCCGGUUCCUCCACCGAGUGUAAAUCUUGUACAUUUACACGUGAAUUUUCUUGUUUGGUAUUUAUUUGAAGAAGAGAGAGUUUAGCUCCGGAGGCUUGGCUUCUUCUGAGUUCUGUGUCAGAUUCGCGAAGCAUUUUUUAAGACUUACGUUUAUGAACUAAGGAACUUUUUGAAAUCAACGAUGCUUCGCUGUUCUGUCAGUGAACGUCUCAGAGCAUCUGUGAACUUGAAGAAUAAACCGUCAACUGAGACUUUUUCAGAAGGACAGUUUAUUGAAAUAUGUCACAAUUUCAAAUAAAUAUUGUGCUUUUUAAAA